CAGGUUGCUGGCUGUGGCGUCAACCUGGAGGGCAUGAAGGGCUACUUCCUGCGCCAUCGCGUGUGCGAAGAGCACAGCAAGGCGCCGGUGCUGCUCAUCGGAGACAUCCCCUCGCGCCUCUGUCAGCAGUGUUCCAAGUUUCACCACGUAUCGGCAUUUGAGGGCAGCAAGAGG